AUGUCGGCAAAAACAGAUUCAAGUACACAUUCUGCCUCCACUACAUUAGAUGACAUCAUAAAUGAAUUAAAGUUAUCAUAUGACAAUUCAGUAGGAUUAUUGGAUGGUGAUUCUGUGAGGACGAUACCUAGUGUUAAUAUCCUUUUGAAUUUAAGUAAAUUAUUGAAUAAUUUAAAACGUGAAUUGAGUGAAGUAGAACUGUCAGACGACUCUAUUCUUAAUAAAAUCAAGCAAUUAUUAAACAAAGAUGAAAAUGAAGACGCAGAUGAUGAAGGUGAAGAGGAUCAAGAAGAUGGAGUUGUGUCAGAGAGAAAACGUGAUCUUGCUGAUGAUGAUCAAGAUGAAGAAGAUAGUGAGUCUAAUAAGAAACGAAAAAUAACUGAUGGUGAAGAAGUUGAAAGUAAUGGUAAUGGGAAAGUAAACUCCAAGGAUGAUCCAGUACCACCAAUUCAAUCGGGUUCUUUCACUCAUGAUAAUGACACUAGAUUGAAAAAUCCAAAAUCAGAAUAUGUUACCUCCCAAACUUUACCUGCAGAAGCUAUAGCAGAAUUAGGUUUAUGGUCAGAAUCAAACCAUGGAUUAGAAACUCAAGGUAAAGAAUAUCUCAAAAAGAAAUAUGGUGUAGCGUCUUAUCCUGAAAAUGAUUUAUUAAACCUCUUACCUGGUACCAUCCCAAAUAUUGAUUUUUCAAAGAAUAAGCCUCCAAGUAAUCAAGUUCAAUUCACGACAUAUCAAUCGUACAUCGAAUCAUUCUUCAGACCAUUCCUGAAUGAAGAUAUUGAGUUCUUAAACGAAAGAUAUAUAAUUCAACCCGGUAUGGAAAAGACGGAUUAUGAUCCUGAAGUCAUGCCAUUUUUAAUUCCAAAAUUAGGUAGAUUUUAUGCUGAUGUUUGGGCUGAUGAAGAUGCCACCUUAAGUUCAAAAUUAAACUCACCAGCAUACCAACAACCUCCAACUGAUUCAUAUAAGGCAAAAGGUACAGUCGAUGCUUUGAAUGAUGAUAUGUUAUAUACUGAAGAUAUAAGCUGUGGUCCAUUAUCAAGCAGAUUAUUAUCUGCUAUCUUAAGUACAAGAGAAACCAAUGGUGAAGAUGAAGAUGAAGAUAUGGAUGGUAAAGAUGCCAGUGGAAGUGGAAAUGAUGAAGAAAAAAAUGCACAAGAUAAUGAUAUUAUUGCUACUCAAUUAGAUAGUGGUGAAGAUUAUAAAUUAACUAGUGAUAUUAACGACUUUAAUACUAUUGAAGAUAGACUUAAACGAGAGUUGAAAUAUAUUGGUAUAUUCAUGAACUUACCGAUAAAUGAUGAAGAUACAGGUCAAAAGAUUAAACAAAAUGGGAUUGGAAGACUUAAAAAAUCAAGUUCAAGUAUCAUUGACAAUGAUGAUUGGAUUAAAAAUAAAGAAGAUGAUGAAGUAUGUGCUGAAAUAAGAUCACUACAAAGAGAAUUAAGAGAAGUUGUAAGUAGAAACAAGGCCAACAGAAAGAAACUAAUCCCUAUUGUGGAAGAGCAAAUUGCAUAUCAAGAAUAUUGUGCUAUAUUGGAAGAUUUGGAUAAACAAGUCGAUCAAGCAUACAUGAAACGUCUUAAGGGUAAGAGUAAGAAGAAGAAGGUGGAUACAACUACCCCACAACAAUUAGCUGCAAAUAAUGGAUUAAGAACUCUCUUAGAAAAGAGGAGAAGAUGGAUAGAGAAUAUUGGUAAACUUUUCCGACCCGCAGAAAUAAUGAAACGAGUUCCACUGGAAGAUAUCUUGAUCAAAGAAGGAACAGUUGAACAAGAAAUUAAUGAUGAUGAUAAUGCAGAUAAUGUAUCUUCUGCUGUUGAUAUUAUUGACAAAUCGUAA